CCCAGUUCCAAAACUAAGAAGGCUGCAUUAUAUGCUAAGCAUGCCAAUGCCGCCUCCUCAACAUCUCCCACCAACAAAUGAAGCAAAGAAUGAAAAUGAAGAAAACCCUUCGGUUUUUGAUGCUUCAGUUGCUCAGUACCAAUCCAGCAUACCCUCCAAAUUCAUAUGGCCCGACCACGAGAAGCCAUGCCCUGAGCCGCCAGAGCUUCCAGUUCCUCACAUUGACAUGAAAGGCUUUCUCACAGGGGACACUAGGGAGGUCUCAAACGCGACUCGUUUAGUCGAUGAGGCAUGCAGGAAGCAUGGAUUUUUCCUCGUUGUUAAUCAUGGAGUUGAUUCGCAGCUCAUAGCAAAAGCUCAUGAAUACAUGGACUUGUUCUUUGGCAUGCAACUCUCACAGAAGCAAAGGGCUCAGAGAAAGACUGGUGACCACUGCGGAUAUGCCAGUAGCUUCAUUGGCAGGUUCUCCUCCAAACUUCCAUGGAAAGAAACACUUUCUUUCAGAUAUAGUGCCGACAGCCACUGCACAGUCAAUGACUAUUUUGUGAAUGUAAUGGUUCAGACUUUCAGUCAAUCGCAGUAUUGGGGACCGAAGGUUGAUGUUGUUGUUUUUUGUUUUCUUGACCUUGCUUCAAAUUAUGAACCCCCAGAUUCACUUGCGGAGUGGCUUGAAGCUGGUGAACAGUGUCUUGGAGUCUUGAAGCAGGCUUGA